AUAUUUUUCAAAGCUUGUACUGGAUUAUUAUUUAAUUUUAUAGUAGUUCGAAAUCAAAUAAAAACUAAUAGUUGAUAACUUUAAAGGUUAAACCAAAAAGUCACUAGACCAGUAGUUUUGUCACUAAAUAAUAGUUUAGCAUUUAGCAUCUUUUCAUAUAUGGUCACGUUGGUUGGUCGGCAAGUAGUUAAUUAAAAAUAAGUUUAGUAACACUUUUAAGGUGUUCCAAACAUGUCUGGCCGAAAGAAGAGACCAGGUCUGAAACUUCAAGUUUCAGAUGAUGUAGUUCCUCCUGUUGUUCCUCCAGCAAAUCUAGACACAAGAACGACCAUCACCAUAGGAGACAGAACGUUUGAUGUCGAAGCAGACGACUUGGAAAAAAUAUGCGAUUUGGGUAGAGGAGCCUACGGAGUGGUCGAAAAAAUGAAACACAUACCUAGCGGCACAAUAAUGGCCGUGAAAAGAAUAACGGCAACGGUGAAUACGCAGGAGCAGAAACGAUUGCUGAUGGACCUUGAUAUUUCCAUGAGAAGUAGCGACUGUCCUUACACCGUUCAGUUUUAUGGUGCGCUGUUCAGAGAGGGUGACGUGUGGAUAUGUAUGGAAGUGAUGGAUACCAGCUUGGAUAAGUUUUAUGUGAAGGCUUACAAGCACGGCCGUAAAAUACCUGAAGAUAUGUUGGGUAAAAUCGCAUUAGCGGUUGUUAGCGCGUUGCAUUAUUUGUACUCGCAGCUGCGAGUCAUUCACAGAGACGUAAAACCGUCCAACAUUUUAAUAAACAGGAAGGGGGAGGUGAAGAUGUGCGAUUUUGGAAUUAGCGGUUAUCUAGUCGACUCGGUGGCUAAGACAAUAGAUGCAGGGUGCAAACCGUACAUGGCGCCGGAAAGAAUAGAUCCCCAAGGAAACCCCUCCCAGUACGACAUCAGGUCGGACGUCUGGAGUUUGGGCAUAUCGCUGAUCGAGCUGGCGACUGGGGAAUUCCCCUACCCCAAAUGGGGCACCCCCUUCGAACAGUUGAAGCAGGUCGUCGCCGACGACCCUCCAAGACUGCCCCCCGGGCAAUUCUCGCCCGAGUUUGAAGAUUUUAUCGUGAAGUGCCUUCAGAAGAAGUACACGGACAGGCUGAACUACAGUCAGCUCCUCGAGCACGAAUUCCUCAUCAAGCACAAGGAAAUGGAUACGGAUAUAUCCGCGUCUAUAUCGGAGAUACUGGACCUGCCCGACAACCCUUGAGAUUCGUGCUCCGUUUCUUAGUUUUUACGUUCAAAAAAAAUUUUUAAUUUUCCAUUUUAUGAAUUCAAAUUGUCGGUUUAGUUCUGUUUGCUUUUAGGAGCUCUCUCGGAUUAUUUCAUUUUAAAAAUUUUUAUUUCAGUUGUGCGGUUCUGAUUAUUGUCGUUUUAAUUUUGAAUUUUUAAUUCGUCGGAGGAAAAAAUAAAUUGUAUCCUAUCAGAAGAACAGAGUUCGUAAAGUACAAAGUCUAGGGGUUCUCGAAAACAUAUUAGAUUAGAGGAAACUUCACCGUCUUAAUAGUCAAUAUUGUAUAUAGUAAGAGAAAUGUUGUAUAUUAGAGAAAAGUAUACAGUACCUUAAAGUAAACGACUGCCACUCUUCCAAUUAGUGAUAGUUCAACCCAGUAUUGAAACGUAACCUUUAAGUUUAAAAGUAAAAGAUUUCUUUCAUAUUUGAAAGCAAUAAAGCGGCAACAUUUAUUUUUUCGUUUUGUGGUGUACAGGGUGUUUCAGGACGAAUCGGCCGAAUUUGAAAUGUAAGUUUGAAUGAUCAAAGCAGGAAAAAGUCCUAUGAAAUGCUUCGUUUUCGCGAUACAGGGUGUUGAAAUUUGAAAAAUACAUUCUCGAAAAAAUCUCUAAAGAUGUCUGACGUAUAGUGAUGAAACGUUAGCGCUACUACCGCUAAGGACACCAGAGAUUUAACGAUAUAUAUAUUUUGGAAAUUCAAUCAGUGCUUACAGCUUUUAAGUGAAUUUCGCAGGAAAUUAAUCUAUUUGAAAAAUGAACCGUUUUGAAAUUAUUGUUUUAUUAAACUCCAUCACCGUUAACUAAAAAAAUCGGAAACUUUGGAACUUGUUUAGUAAAAAUUAUAUUUUUUUGCGUUUUAUUACAUGGAACAAGGGCCACACCACAUUUUCAGAAAAAAUUAAUUUUUUCGAAUCAAGUAUACUAAAUUUUUCGGUAACUGUAACGCAGCUAAAAAAGUGCACUUUUUUAAAUGAAUUGAAAAAAUGUCUGAGGUUUUUGGUGAUGGCAACUUUAAAAAACCAUUUUUGAGUAAUUAUUUCAUUAAAUUUGUAGCUUCGUGUUAUGCAAAAAAGUUUUCAUUUUUUUU